GCAAAUGUGACAUUCCGACACACGAGCCUGUCGCUGUCAACUGUACUCCUGCUGCUUUAAAAAUUUUUUAUAGCUAAAAGGAUGCUUCAUUAAAUAAAAUUUAUGUGUUGCAGUGUGUGUGUUGGGGCUGUUUAACAUGGGUACGGUUUACGCCAAGUCGGAAGACAGGAGUAACAAUAAUUUCGGCGAUUCGCUGGAAAGCUUUGCCAGGAACGAAAGGGAACCGCCUAAAAGUCGGGAAGAUAUACAGUGGGAAGGGGUCAAAGCACGUGUCGACAAAAUACACAUAGAUGGCCUGGCCCGGACCAAAGAUGACAUAGUCGAGGACUGUAUCAGGGACCUAUUCAAAGCAACUGAUUUUCAGGAUGUCCUACUGCGUGCACAUAGAGCCAGGGUGAAACUGGAUGAGCUGGGCUGCUUCAAAAACAUCUCUGUGUUCAUAGAUACGUCCAAAGGGCAAAACGCCACACCCGACGGUUUGGAGAUCACGUUCAACGUAAAAGAAUUGAAGAGGUUGACGGGCGGCAUUAGCACCCAAGUAGGCAACAAUGAAGGUGCCCUGUUGGUCGGAAUGAAAGCCCCCAAUUUGUUUGGUCGGGGCGAACGGAUACAAGUCGAGUAUAGUCACGGAUCGAAAAAGACGAGCAAUUUUAACGUCGGGUUCGUUAAACCCUUCAGAGGCAAGCACAGACCUGUUCUCACAACGUCGGUGUUCCAAGCGCAUUCUGAGUGGCCGUCGUCCGGUUAUAAGCUAGUCGAGAGGGGGCUGCUGUUUGACUUUGGGUUCCACUCGUCCUCGCUGAUCAAGCAUAACAUCCAAUGGGAGGCGGACAUUAGAGACAUGAACUGUCUGAGCAGAUCAACAGCUUUCGAAGUCAGGGAGCAGACAGGACUGAGUCUGAAGUCCGCCUUGAAACACAUCCUGUCAUUGGACCUAAGGGACGACUUCAUUUUCCCGUCGAGCGGGAGCCUAUUCCAAGUUACGUCAGAGUUUGCAGGAGUUGGUGGCGACGUCGGUUUCAUUAAAAAUGACUUGUUCCUGCAGACCAAUGUGUCAAUCCUGGAAGACUUUGUAGUGCAAGGGACUCUCACAGGGGGUAUAGUAAACGCCACAUCUCCAGACAUGAAAAUCGGGAUGUCCGACUUAUUCUACCUUGGUGGCCCGUUGUCGGUACGUGGCUUCCAGACGCGAGGUCUGGGACCUCAUAGCGACGGUAACGCGGUUGGAAGCCUCGGCUUCUGGGCCGCAGGCCUCCACCUCUUCGCUCCUUUGCCCUUCAGGCCGGGACGAGGCGGUUUCGGCGAGUUAUUCAGGACCCACCUGUUCGUCAACGGCGGCAACGUCGGCGAAUUUCGGCUAGAUGACAGCGGCAGUUUGUUGGAGACGUUGCAGAAGAACGCCAGGGUCUCGUGGGGUCUGGGUAUUGCACUCAGGCUAGGGAACAUGGCCAGGCUGGAGGUGAACUAUUGUUUCCCGCUGAUUUUCAGUAAGUCGGACCAUACGCAGCCCGGCGUCCAGUUCGGCGUCGGCGUCCGCUUCCUGUAGACCCGAAGCAGGUGCAGUAGUGAAUGGACCCCCUUGGUGCCGUGACCCGGGGUUUAGAGUGCUAUUUUGUAAAAUAUUAAAAAUAAAAUGACCGAACGCGUGCAUUUAAUUUAUAUUAUUGCGUAUUUUCAUUCUGGUAUGUCAAUAAAUUGGAUGUGUGCACAUUUUACAAACACGUUGUUAUUGUUACAUAAUUAUAUGAGUACAGUUGAUCAAA